AUGGAAAAACAGAAAUAUGAAUUCCUUCUACAAUAUUCAAAAGUGGCGGGUAUUCAUGAUAAACAAGAAAGUUUAAAAUAUAGUAUUUUGAAAACGGUUCGAGCUAUCGAACGACAAACAGCCAUUUUACAAAUGUACGAUCCAAUUAAACAACGAUUAGCACGUAAUUUAGAUCGUGAAACUGGAUCAUUCAUUUGGCUUCAAUUAAUUAAAGAAGCCAUACAAAAAAUGUCUGCACGAAUAACAGAUUCGAAUGGAAAACAAACAAUGUUACAUCAAUGUCGAGAAUACUAUCGAAAUAAUGAAAAAGAACUAAAGAAUAUUGAUGAAUUCGAACGAACAUAUAGUGCAGAUCAAGCAAUCACAUGGUAUACAAGAGAUAGUUUUAUUUAUAAAAUGAUCAAUAAAGCUCUUCGUACGGAAGAUGUCGAAGUAUUGUACACAUUUCGUUUUUAUAUUAUGGAUCUCUGUGCAUAUCUUGUUGAAAACAGUGAAUUACUAAGACAAUAUACAAUGACAACAUCUCUCACAGUCUAUCGUGGUACGAAACAUUCUUAUGAAGAAAUUAAAUGUUUGAAAGAUAGCAUUGGGCAACUUAUAUGUGCUAAUGCAUUCUUAUCGGCUAGUCGUCUGAAAGAAGUGGCCGAAGUUUACGCUGGUCUCGGCAAUGAUAAUAAGUCAAACAAUGAUUUGGAGUCUGUUAUUUUCGAAAUUGAAAUUGAUUUAAAUACAGAGCCUCAUGUUGUUGUUGCUGAUGUAUCUUGUUUUAGCUAUUUCAAAGAUGAAGAAGAAGCUCUAUUCGAUUUAGCAACUGUAUUCGAAGUUCAAUCGAUGUAUUAUGAUGAUCAAGUCAAAUUAUGGACAUGUCAUAUGAAAACAUCAAACAAAGGGUAUGCUAUAGCACAUGAAUAUAUUGAACUCGAACGUACGGAAAUGAAUAAAGACGAUGGAGGCAUUUUCUUCGGUAGUCUUCUCUUUAAAAUGGGUGAAUAUAAAAAAUCGAUCAUUUAUUUUAAUCAUCUGAGAGAAUUAAGGCCAGAUGAUACCUACAUACUGUUCAUGUUGGGCAAAAUUCAUGGUGUCCUCGAUGAAAACAAACAAGCACUUUACUACUAUGAACGGGCCUAUUGUCUUUCAAUGGAAAAAGAUCCACCUGAUUUAGCACAUGCUGCUUUAGUUAACAUCUAUGCUGGUCUUGUCUAUUAUUAUGAAUGUAAUUAUGACAAAGGUCUUUCAAGUUAUGCGGAUUCUAUUCAUAAAUACGGCAUUUUAAAAAUGACUGAACAGAUACCAUUCGCCCAUACUCUCAUAGGACUUGGCUAUGUUCAUCUAGUUCUCGGUUUAGAUAAGUCGGCACUCGAACAUUUUCAACGUGCAUUGCAAAUAAUUCAACGACAAGCACCGUUCGAUCUUCCGAAUUUGUGUCGUGCUUAUCGACAUGUAGCAGCUGGAUUCUGUCGAAUAGGUAAUUAUGAUCAAGCAUUGAAUAUGAUGAAAAUAUCAUUCGAAAUCGGAGAACAAAUUUUUAUUCGAAAAAGUCUUGCAUUUGGUGUUAUUUUCGAAGUAUUCGGUAGAAUUCUCUAUAAGAAAGGCAAAUACGAACAAGCACUUACACACUAUCUAGAUGCUCUCGGCAUUGAUCGAUGUACGAUUUCGCAAGAAAAUAGUCUUGCUACGGUUUUACUUUAUAAUUAUAUUGGCAAGAUUUUUUAUCGAAAAAAUAAGUAUAAUGAAGCUAGUGAGCAAUACGAUAAAGCAUUAGCAAUAUUAACAGCAAUACUUACAACUGAUCAUAUUAAAACUGCUUAUACAUUAAGAAAUAAAAGUGAAGUACUCUUGGCUCAAUGUGAUUUUAAUAAUGCUGAAGAUUGCCUAAAUCGAUCACUUCAAAUGUAUGAACGAAUUUUUGUUCGUCGCGAACAUCGAGACAAAGCCAAAUGCAAUUUUUUAAUGGGUCGUCUCUGUCUGGCACGUGGUGAUGAAGAUAAAGCACUGUAUCAUUUUCAGACAGCCUAUGGAGCAUAG